AUGGUUACUUUUUCAUUAUUAUUCGCAUUGGUAAAUUUGGUGGCUUCUAUACCAAGUUUUGCUGCUAUUAUCAAAGGUGAUGCACUUGGUAAAGAACCUUCCCUUGUUGAUUUUGUUGGUUCAUCUCUUGGAAUUUAUGUAUUUAUUGUUUUUGGAUGGCCACAUAAUUUCCAAAAGGUUAAGCAG